CGAAACGAAAAGCAGCCGCAAUGUUGCACAACAACAACAACAACAAGGAUUCCUUAUCCAUGCCGUUCAGUGGCGAGACAACGGAAAACAAUGGCAGCACCACCAACACGCCGGGUGAGGAUGCGUACGCUGGUCUAAUCAAGGAUGCGGACAAGUUCAAGCUGAUGCUUCUGGCGUGGAACUACCAGAACUCGGCGGCAGGUAAAUCUCAGAACGGGACGGAAGGGCCGGACCUGGCGACGAUGACCAACCUGUGGCAGCAGUACCAGAACGCGCUGGCCAUGACGGGCAAGUCCACCUUCAGCCAGGCGCCGGUCAGCGAGCGGCAAUCGUCCCCGAUCGAGCAGCAGGACGAAACGAACUCGUCGGAGCAGAAGGACGAGGACGACCUGUCGGAGGACGACUCGGAGGACCGGCUCGAGGCGACCGUGAACGAUCCGGAGCGGCUGAAGGCGUUCAACAUGUUCGUGCGCCUGUUCGUCGACGAGAACCUGGACCGUAUCAUACCGAUCUCGAAGCAGCCGAAGGAGAAGAUCCAGGCCAUCAUCGAUUCGUGCACCCGGCAGUUCCCGGAGUUCGCCGAACGGGCCCGUAAGCGCAUCCGCACGUAUCUCAAGUCCUGCCGGCGCAACAAGAAAACGCGCGAGGGCUGGGAGAACACGGUGAGUCCCGAGGGCGACAAGGUUAGUGACGACCCGGCCCCAGGCAGAGGGUAUGAUCGGUUCGGUAUGUUUCUAUGCUUCCAGUCCCGCCCCACGCCGGCUCAUUUGACGUCGGUGCAGGCGGAACAGAUACUGGCCGUGGCGUGCGAAAACGAGAGCCUAAACGCAAAGCGCAUGCGAAUAGGCCUAGAGCCGAUCAGCCAAACGGUCAGUCAACCUGCGGCGGUAAGUUUUAUGUCGUCGGAAUCUCCGACAGCGGUACCGAGUAUGUACCAAACGAUCACCCGUGAGCAAGAGUCCACGUCCGUGUCCACGAUCAAGAGCGAACCGAUGACGAGCGUCCCCAAGAUCUCGCCCGUACCCAGCACACCGACACCGGACAUGAACCAGAUGAAGCUAAACAUACCCAGUGCCAGUGCCAGCUCGACUCCUACGAUCCCCACCACGGUACCGACCAUUUCGAACUUCCACGACUACAACACCGGCUUCUCGAACCGCUCGCAGCACUACCAGAACUUCAUGAACUCGGUCAACAGCAGUAGCACCAGCAGUGGAGCCACCACCAACACGACCAUGUCCGCUUCGGGUACCGCCGCCCCAACCGAUCUCUCGAUGAAGCGACCCAUUCUGGCGCACAAGCUGAACAGUGCGGAAAUCACGGCCGUCAAGCAGCUGGUCACGGGCUACCGGGAGUCGGCCGCCUUUCUGAUGCGCAGCGCCGACGAGCUGGAGAACUUGCUGCUCCAGCAACAGUAA